AUGUGCGUAUUCCGACGAUCAAAGUUAUAUUCCCUGAUUUUGGCCCGAUCCACACGACUUGUUGCGAUGGCGGACCCCACCGAUCUGAAUCUCGACGCGCCUAGCGAUCUUCAAGAUAUCCCAGAUAUGUCCAUGCAGCUUGUGCCUCCUCCAGAAGGAACAUAUCCCGAUAAAGCCACUCUUCUUGCAGCAGUGCAAGCUCACAGCAAAGCUCAUGGAUACAAUGUUGUGGUCAAGUCAUCCAGUACUCCUACCGAGAAGAAGCCCGGACGCACAGCUAAAGUGUGGCUCCGAUGCGAUCGGGGAGGCCAUUAUCGGCCCCGAAACGGGCUCACAGAGGAGACGAGAAAGCGACGACGAACAUCUCGUUUGAUGGACUGUCCGUUUAUGCUGGUCGCAGCUGGUACUCCUGGCAUCUGGACGUUGACAGUGUUAAAUCCAACUCACAAUCAUGGGCCUAUCGUCGAGAAGCCGCGACCAGUACCGCAGCAUAAGGUUCGAAAGGGCCAGAUUCCAGCGGUUCCCUAUGAUUGGCCGCAUGAUGCGACUCUAACACCAUAUACGACUGCUUUAGUCAUCAUCGAUAUGCAGAAGGAUUUUUGUUCGCCUGGCGGUUACAUGGAAUACCAAGGUUACGAUAUUUCAGCAGCACAGAGUCUCAUACCCAAACUGCAGCAGGUACUGAAUACAUUCCGUACUGCCGGAUUUCCUGUUUACCACACUCGUGAAGGUCAUCGGCCUGAUCUAUCAACUCUCUCAAAUAGAGAGGCGUUUCGGUCGCGGAACAAUGCAUCUGGCAUGGGAAUUGGCUCCCAAGGGCCAUUGGGACGUUUGUUGAUACGCGGGGAAGUCGGACACGACAUCGUCGACGAACUGUAUCCGCUGCCCGAGGAGCCGGUCAUCGACAAGCCGGGUAAAAGUGCGUUUUCGUACACCGACUUUGAGCUCCUGCUCCGAAACAAAGGCAUCAAGAAUCUGGUCAUUGCAGGUGUCACCACGGAUGUCUGUGUGUCAACGACGAUGCGGGAGGCGAACGACAAAGGCUUCGACUGCGUCGUCCUGGAAGACUGCACUGCCGCGGGCGAGCCGUCCCUCCAUGUGAGCACGCUCGAAUCCGUCAAGAUGGAAGGCGGCAUUUUCGGCGCCGUGGCCAAAGCAGACGACGUGAUCCAUGCGGUGGAGAAUUUCAAAAACAGCACUGUAAAGAAGCUGGCCCCUCAAAUGACGACAUGAAGUGGGUCGGAGUAAUCUUGGGGAGGCGUUCUGUUGGUCUUGGAAACAGCGACAGCGACAGCGACAUAUCUUUUCUUGCUUUUCAGUCCCCAUUUCGCAUACAUUUGGGAGACCUACUUUUCGUUCAUUCAUCUUGCAGGACAUGCUCCAUCCUUUGAACAUUAGCGAGCUUAUUAUUGCAUGCCAAAAUUCCCCUUGGUCGAUGCAAGCAAGAUUUUUGAAAACAGAGCAACAAUAGGGGAUACUCUGCAUUGGUACACGGCGCAGAGGUUAAUAGGCAUCCAAUAAUACACGAGUUGAACCUAUGCACUUUCG